AUGGCUUCAACUCAGUCGAUGAGGGCCCUCGCCAGGGCUGGCCAAUUGGCUCCCAAUGGCGUCGCAACCCGAGCCUUUUCAUCGGCUACCAAGGCCGCGAUGCUGCGAACCGCUGCGCGGCCGUCCGUGGCCAUGAAGCUGGCCAACUCUGGUCGCAUUGCCUUCCGGAGAGCCUACGCCGACGAGGCCCCCAAGCCCAGGCCCGGCAAGCUGCGCAGGACCUUCCGAUGGGCCUGGAGGCUGACGUAUCUGUCGGCCAUUGGCCUCGUGGGAUACACUGCCUACAACAUCUACGAGGACCGACACCCCGACGAGCAGUACGAGCCUGAUCCCAGCAAGAAGACGCUGGUCAUUCUGGGCACCGGCUGGGGCUCCGUGGCUCUCCUCAAGAAGCUCGACACCUCCAACUACAACGUCGUCGUGGUCUCUCCCCGCAACUACUUCCUCUUCACCCCCCUCCUGCCCUCAUGUACCACCGGUACCAUCGAGCACCGCUCCAUCAUGGAGCCGGUCCGCGCCAUUCUGCGCGGAAAGAAGGCCGCCGCCAAGUUCUUCGAGGCCGAGGCCACCUCCAUUGACCCCGAGCGCAAGGUCGUGCGCAUUGCGGACAACUCCGAGAUCAAGGGCGCAACUUCGGAGACGGAGAUCCCCUACGAUAUGCUCGUCGUCGGCGUCGGCGCCGAGAACGCAACCUUUGGCAUCCCUGGCGUCAGAGAGCACAGCUGCUUUCUGAAGGAAAUUGGCGAUGCCCAGCAGAUCCGCAAGAAGAUCAUGGACUGCGUCGAGACAGCCGCCUUCAAGGGCCAGACGCCCGAGGAGAUUGACCGUCUCAUGCACAUGGUCGUCGUUGGCGGUGGCCCUACUGGUGUCGAGUUCGCCGGUGAGCUCCAAGACUUUUUUGAGGAGGACAUCAAGAAGCUGGUCCCCGACAUCAGCCCCCACUUCAAGGUCACCCUCAUUGAGGCCUUGCCCAACGUUCUCCCCAUGUUCUCCAAGACGCUGAUCGACUACACCGAAAACACCCUGCGCGAGGAGAAGAUUGACAUCAAGACCAAGACCAUGGUCAAGAAGGUCACUGACAAGACCGUCGAGGCCGAGGUUUCCCGCCCUGACGGCUCCAAGGAGCGUGUCGAGAUCCCCUACGGUCUGCUUGUCUGGGCCACUGGCAACGCCGUCCGCCCCAUUGUCAAGGACCUGGCCAGCAAGAUUCCUGCGCAAAAGGACUCCCGCCGCGGCCUCGCCGUCAACGAGUACCUCGUCGUCCAGGGAACCCGCGACAUCUGGGCCAUUGGUGACUGCGCCGUCGCUGGCUACGCCCCUACCGCACAGGUGGCCUCGCAGGAGGGUAGCUUCCUUGGCAAGUUAUUUAACAACAUGGCCAAGACGGAGAGCUACGAGCAGCGUAUCCAGGAGCUCAGCAGCAAGAUGAACAUUGAGACCGGCAACUCUGCCGAGGCCGCUCAGGAGAUUGAGCUGCUGGAGAGACAGCUCAAGAAGAUCCGUGAUGUCAAGCCCUUCAGAUACAGCCACCAGGGAAGCUUGGCCUACAUUGGCAGCGAGAAGGCCGUUGCCGACGUCAGCUGGUGGAACGGCAACCUGGCCACCGGUGGUAGCCUGACCUAUCUCUUCUGGAGAAGCGCCUAUCUCUCGAUGUGCUUUAGCACACGAAACCGUGUCCUUGUCCUGCUCGACUGGCUCAAGUCCAAGGCCUUCGGCCGUGACGUCUCCCGAGAGUAA